AUGGCCCAGGAUCAAUUGGCCAUCGUCAUCUGCCAUGGCUCCUAUCACAGCACCGCCCCUUACGAACCAUUCCUCCAGGCCUUGAACUCUCGCGGAUACGAGACCUAUUGUCCUCAGCGACCCACCGCAGAUCUCAGCCGGCACAAUGUCGGUGAUCUCAACAACCCGGAUUUCGAUCGAGGCCCGGGACCUGAAGGCUUGGCUAGCGAUUUCGAGGACGUGGUGGUGCUGAACGAGAUUUUGGAGAAACUCAUUCAGCAAGAGGGGAAGCAGGUUCUUCUCGUGGGGCAUUCGUCUGGUGGAUGGAUGGCAACGCAGGCGGCUAUUCCAAAGCUGCAGUACAAGACGCGUCAAGAAAAUGGGCAACCGGGAGGUCUGAUUGGUCUGUUCUACUAUGCAGCGUUUGCGAUUCCGGUCAACGAGUCCAUCAGCGGCUUCUUUCAACCGAAAGACGGGAGCUUCUACAUGCCACCGUGGUUGCGAUUCUAUAAACAUGGUGCCGCCGGUGUUGGAACACUCGUUGAGCCUGAGAAGUACCUGUUCAAUGGUCUGGAUGCAGAAUCAGCAGCAAAAUGGUCAGCAACACUGACGGCAUCACCCAUCAACACCGGUGUGUUGACCAAUGACCCCUACUCCACCUUGCCAUGUGCAUAUCUCGUGUGCGACGACGAUCUGAUCUUGCCCAAAAUGGGCCAAGAGGCGAUGAUCGGACUCCAGAGCGCGAACGGGAAUACCUUCACCGUCUACCAUGCGGCAGCGGGACAUUCUGCACAUCUCACCUGUACGCAGGAAUUGGUCGAAAGGGUCACUGAAUUUGCGAAUCAAAUCAAGACCUCGUCUGCUCACGUCCAGAUCUAG